AUGUCAAAUUGCGCUAAAACGCGCGAUUCCGCUCUCAAUGCCAUUAAACGCUAUAUGGCAAAAAGUGUAGACGAUGCAUUCACAAUGGAUGCGGAAAAUAUUACGAGCUACCUCCAGCUAUUGGGUGAACAGUGGGCUCAUUUUAACGUUGCCCAAGAUGCAAUAGAAAUUUCUUGUGGUGUUGAUAAUGCUGAUAUCGAAGAAAACGUGCGUAUCCAAGCCGAGACGGCUUUAGCAAACUUUAAGCGCGUACAAAAGUGUCGCACCGAACCGCAAAACAAUAUUGUGUCAACGCCUGCGUCCGCGACCAUUCGUCUACCAAAAAAGGAGCUGCCUACAUUCUCCGUUGAUUCUACGGAAUGGAUCGGGUUUUACGACGCUUUUACCUCGCUAGUUGACAGUAACUCUGCACUGUCGGACGUACAAAAGCUGCACCACCUUCGGAGCUUCUUGAAGGGUGACGCGUUAAAAAUUAUUAGCGGGUUUAAAAUAAGUGACGAAAAUUACGCUAAAGCUUGGGGGCUAAUAAAAUCGCGGUAUAAAGGCAUGCGUGUAAUUGUGGAAGGUCAUCUUCCCACACUGGCCGAUGUCAAAAGAGCUACGAGCGACAAUGUCGAGGCAAUCAAAGGUGUAAUUGAUGGGUUUCAGCAGCAUAUUCGCGAGCUUAAAGCGUUAGGUGGUCCAGUUGAAUUUUGGGACGACUGGUUGGUAAAUGAGGUCGUGAAUAAAUUGGCAUUCGAGACGCGUAAGCAGUGGGAGCUAUCACUCAUUCGAACAAUUACCCACAUUGCUAGAGAUACGAUGUCGGUCGCUAUCCAUGCUUCCGCCAUCAGUAACACCGGCACCAGUCAAGGUCAAAACAGCAUCAGCAAGCAAAUCGACAAACGUGUUCCAUGCGGUACCGGAACAGAAUAA